AUGUCACUGGACUCGGCCUUGGUAAUUCACCAGUUGAAGGGUGAAUGGGAGACCAGAGACCAUAAAUCGGUGCCUUACCAGGCUUACAUCAAGAAGUUGAUAGAAUUCUUUGAUGACAUAUCUUUUCAUCACAUUCCUAGAGAGGAAAAUCAGAUGGCCGACGCCCUUGCCACACUAGCGUCCAUGUUCCAGCUAAGCCCGCACGGACAUUUUUCGUACAUUGAAUUCAGAUGUUGUGGCAAGCUUGCACAUUGCUGUUUAAUAAAGAAAGAGAAAUAUGGUAAGCCUUGGUACUUCGACAUCAAACGAUGCAUCAAAAACAAGGAAUACCCGCAGGAGGCCUCUGACAACGACAACGAAGGUUGGUGGCCAGCUUCUUCCUGA